GCAUUAUUAGAUCACUACAGCCCAUAGCGAUGGGCUUUUUUGUCAAAUUUUUAGAGGAUUAUAGAAACACAGGAAUGACUGACCAAAAAGUAUUACAAAAUUUCUAUAUCAUGUCCGCAAUGAUACUACUAUUGGGCAUUAUAUACAUACUCUUAUAUCACCCGUACUUUUUCAAAAUGACCCGAAAGGGUAUGCAAUUGAGGAUAGCGUGUUGUAAUCUAAUAUAUAGAAAGGCGCUUCGGCUGAGUCACAAAGCGCUCGGCAAGACUACAGUCGGCCAAAUGGUUAACUUGAUCUCCAACGACGUGAACCGAUUCGACAACUCAUUGAUAUUCAUACCAUUCAUACUGACGGGUCCUUUCCAGACGGCCAUCACAAUCGCCUACCUCUACAACGUUACUAAUCUGGGCCUUCAGUGGUCGGUGUUUGUCGGGUCGUCGGUGCUGUUGGUGUACCUGCCCUUCCAGAUGUAUAUGGGACGGCUGUUCUCCAUGUUGAGGGGCAAAACAGCUAUACUGACCGACGAGCGGAUCCGUUUGAUGAACGAGAUAAUACCGUCGAUGCGUGUGAUUAAGAUGUACACCUGGGAGAAGCCGUUCGCCAAAAUGGUGGAGAUCGCCCGCCGUAAGGAAGUGGCCAAAAUCAAAAUCACCUCGCUACUUAGAGGCGUCAAUAUGGCCCUGUUCUUCGUGUCGGCCAAGAUUAUCAUCUUCCUAUGUCUGGUGGCGUUUGUGCUCAAUGGCGGCACAAUCACCGCUCAGAUAGUGUUUGUGGCCAUUUCUCUGUUCAACAAUUUGCGCCAAAGUCUGACCCUAUUCUUCCCGUACGGCAUAUCCCAGGGCUCGGAAGCGCUCAUCUCUAUUCGACGCAUACAAGAGCACUCGGAAUCCACGCUUAACGACAUUACGUUUAGCUUAACGCCCGGCGAACUCAUUGUGAUCGUCGGUUCUGUCGGUUCGGGCAAGAGUUCAAUACUACUGAGCGUAUUGUCCGAAAUACCCAUCACAUCGGGUAAAUUGAAAGUACGGGGUAAAGUGGCCUACGCCAGCCAACAGGCCUGGUCUUUCGCCGGCACUGUUAAGGAGAACGUCCUCUUCGGCAGUAUCUAUGAUGAAGAGAAAUACCGUCGAGUGCUUCACGUUUGCGCUCUCGAAAAGGAUAUGCAAUUAUUUCCAAACGGCGAUCAGACAAUUGUGGGCGAAAGGGGUGUCUCAUUAAGCGGUGGCCAAAAGGCUCGCAUCAAUUUGGCCCGAGCUCUGUAUUGUGACGCCGAUAUUUACUUACUGGACGACCCGCUCAGUGCCGUGGAUGCGGCCGUCUCUAAACACAUCUUCGAGAAGUGCAUUCGCGGCUAUCUUAAGGACAAAGUGGUACUUCUGGUCACACAUCAGCUGCAGUUCAUACGAAACGCCCACAAAAUACUGGUGCUGAAGGACGGCCGCACGCAAGCGCUCGGCAAUUAUCCGCAAUUAGUGAACGCCGGCAUUGAUUUCAUCAAAAUCGGCGACGAAAAGGACGAGAAGAAAGAGGGCGCAGGCGGUGGCGAUCAACUGGUCCGCACCGGAUCUGUGAAAGGCGAGCGCUCUGGCCAUCGCCGCGCUUCCUCUGUGUCGGUCCACUCGGCCGAAGACGAAGAGCUCCAGAACUACAUUGAGGGUGAAAAGGCUCAGAUACAACGGGGCGAACAACAGCGCAUGGGUUCCGUCAAAGCCGCUGUCUAUUGGCUGUACGUGCGCUCCGGCGGCGGUUUCUUCCUCCUCACCAUUCUUGUCAUAUCCAAUAUAUUGACACAAUUGCUGUUCAAUGGCAGCGAUUACUUCCUCACCCUCUGGACGGACAGCGAACAGGGUCUCUACCAGUUCACGUGGGUUAAAAACUUGGACCGAGAUCAGUUUAUCAUCAUAUUCGCCGCACUGGUCGCCGCACUCUUCUGCCUAUCGCUGGUGCGGACGACUGUCUUCUUCACGGUAUGCAUGCGAUCGUCGAUAACAUUACACAACCGGCUGUUCGAGAGUGUGAUUCGGGCGCCGAUUUACUUCUUCGACAACAACCCGAUCGGUGUCCUAUUGAACCGAUGCUCGCGCGAUAUGGGCCUCAUCGACGAUAUGGUCCCCUCCACCGCCUUCGACGCCGUCGAGAUCUUUGUCCAACUGUUGGGCGUAAUCAUAAUGAACGGCAUAUUAGCGCCCAUAAUACUGGCGCCGACAGCCGUACUCAUCGUAUUCUUCUACUUCUUGCGCCGAUACUACAUAACCAGCGCCCGGAGUGUGAAACGUCUGGAGGGUAUCACCAGAAGUCCUGUCUUCUCCCACCUGUCCAACACUCUGUACGGCUUGUCGACUGUCCGGGCGUUUGGCGCUCAGCAGACUUUCGAGAAGAAGUUUGAUCAAUACCAGGACAGUCACACCGCCUCCUGGUUUCUGUUCAUAUCGGCCACGCGUUGGUUCGGUAUUGUACUCGACUGGUUGUGUUGGAUAUACCUGAUGGCCGUCACCCUCUAUAUGACUUUCCAGUACGACAAUCUGGGGAUGAGUCCCAGCGUUAUCGGUCUAACGGUGUCGUCGGCCAUAUCGCUGAGCGGUAUGUUUCAGUGGGGAGUGAGACAGUCGGCCGAACUCGAGAGCCAAAUGACUUCCGUGGAAAGGGUGGACGAGUACAGCCACCUGACGCCGGAGCCCAACCUCGAGUCGAUGCCCGAU